GAAACGUUGGCAGAUUCUGUCCGGCGUACAAGGAAUGGCUUGGCAUCAUCGGAUUCCAGACCUCGGAUGAUGGCAACGUACUCCACUGGCUGAGAGGACGGCCAUCCCAUCGCCGGAGCCAUGGAGAGCCCCACUCCAGAGGCUUUUGUGGACGUGGACAAAGGCAUCUGCAUUGCCUUCGUCUCCCUGAUGUGCUUCUUCCUGAUGCUCAUGAUGGUGCGCUGCGCAAAACUGAUCGUGGACCCCUACACCGCCAUCCCCACCUCCACCUGGGAAGAGGAGCAAUUAGACUGA